GUCCAGCUGUGUGUCUGUGAGUGAUGCGUCUAUGAAAGAGUCAUUAUAUUAUAAGAGUGAAGAUACAAAGACUGAUCUCAGGCAUGAAGUCCUCAACAGGUUUAGAUCAAAUCUGCUGAAGAAGUUUGAGCGUCUGUAUGAGGGAACAGAGACACAGAGAAACCCAACACUCCUGAAUGAGAUCUACACAGAGCUCUACAUCACAGAGAGUGAGAGUGGAGAGAUCAGUAAUGAACAUGAGGUGAGACAGAUUGAGACACAAUCCAGGAGAGCAGCAACCGAGGACACAGCCAUCAAAUGCAGUGACAUCUUUAGACCUUUACCUGGACAAGACAAAGCCAUCAGAACUGUGCUGACAAAGGGAGUCGCUGGCAUUGGAAAAACAGUCUCUGUGCAGAAGUUGAUCCUGGACUGGGCUGAAGGGAAAGAGAAUCAGGACGUCCAGCUCAUAUUUCCACUUCCUUUCAGAGAAAUCAACCUGAUGCAGGACAAAACACUCAGUCUUUCAGAUCUUCUUCAUGCCUUUCUCCCGGAAACUAAAGAAAUGGAAAUAUCCAGUGUUGAAUAUAAAGUGCUGUUCAUCUUUGAUGGUCUGGAUGAGUGUCGUCUGUCUCUGGACUUUAAGAGUAAAGUGAAACUGUGUAAUAUCUCUGAAUCAGCCUCAGUGGACGAGCUGCUGAUGAACCUCAUUGUGGGGAAUCUGCUUCCCUCUGCUCUCAUCUGGAUCACCUCCAGACCAGCAGCAGCUGAUCUCAUCCCCUCUGAGUGUGUCCAUCGAGUGACAGAGGUACGAGGCUUCAAUCAGCCACAGAAGGAGGAAUACUUCAGGAAGAGAAUCAGUGAUCAGAGUCUGGCCGACAGGAUCAUCUCACACCUGAAGUCAUCAAGGAGCCUCUACAUCAUGUGCCACAUCCCAGUGUUCUGCUGGAUCUCAGCCGCUGUUCUGGAGAAGAUGUUGAGUCGAGGAAAGAGAGGAGAGAUUCCCAAGACUCUCACUCAGAUGUACACACACUUCCUGAUCCUUCAGACCGACAUCAAACAUGAGAAGGACUAUGAGAAGAAGCUGACAGAUGAAGACAUGAUCCUCAAACUGGGGAAAGUGGCUUUUGAGCAGCUUGUGAAAGGAAACCUGAUCUUCUACGAGGAAGACCUGAGAGAGUGUGGCAUUGAUGUGACAGAAGCAUCAGUGUACUCAGGACUGUGCACUCAGAUCUUCAGAGAGGAGUUGGGUUUGUAUCAGGGGAAAGUCUUCUGCUUUGUUCAUCUGAGCAUUCAGGAACAUCUAGCAGCUCUAUAUGUGCACCUCUCCUGGACAAACCACAACAGAAAUGUGUUUGAGCCCAUCAUCAAACUUAAUGCCCAGUCUAAACUUCAGGACAGGAUUCAACUCUUGUUUAAACAUAGUUCAUCAGAACAUGUUUCAUUAUCUGAGCUGCAUCAGAGAGCUGUGAAAGAGUCUCUUCAGAGUAAAAAUGGACAUCUGGAUCUUUUCCUGCGGUUCCUUCUGGGUUUGUCAGUGGAGUCUCAUCAGAUUCUCCUUCAACGAAUAAUGAGACUGAAAAGAAGCAGCUCUGACAGAAAUGAGAAAACAGUUGAGUUCAUCAAGAAGAAGAUCAGGACCAUUAAGUCUCCAGAGAAAUCCAUCAAUCUGUUCCACUGUCUGAAUGAACUGGGUGAUCGUUCACUAGUGAAGGAAAUACAACAUUAUCUGAAAUCUGGAAGAAUAAAGGAAACCAAACUCUCUUCAUCUCAGUGGUCAGCUGUAGUUUUUGUGUUGUUGACAUCAGAAGAGGAACUGAAUGAGUUUCGUCUUGAUAAAUUUGUUAAAGGAAAGAAUAAUCCUGAAAAUAUGAAAGUUCUUCAGAAGCUGCUGCCUGUGAUUAAAGAAUCCAGAUCAGUUCAGUUGAGAGAUUGUGACGUCACAGAUGAAGGUUGUUCUGCUCUGACUUCAGCUCUGAGAUCAAACCCCUCACACCUGAGAGAACUGGAUCUGUCUUGGAAUAAAAUAAGAGAUUUGGGAGUGAAGCGUCUCUGUGCUGGACUGGAGGAUCCUCACUGUAAACUGGAGAUACUGCGGUAAGAUUAUAUAUGACACACUGUAAAAUAUUUGUGAAGUGAA